AUGGAAGCUAAUCGGUACCAUAAUUUGGCUGAAAAGAAGCAGCUCCACGAUCAAGAAGUGAUUCGAUCAUUGAAGUGGCUCUUGCUAAGUCAUUCACUCGAGAAGUGUCUUUUGGAAGAUCAGUUGAGAUUGUGUAGGAAAAAGUCGAAACAAUUUGUGAAGAAUGAUGAAAAGGAUGGAGACGGAGAAGGUUUGAGUUCUUUGAAUCUCGGGAUUGAGGAUGCCAUUGAAGAUGUGUUUUUUAUAGCUCACUACGUAAUAGACAUAAAGAAAACAUUGCAUCCACGAUUUAAUUAUUUGGUUCGAGUGAAAUCGAACUUAAAACUAAAAGUUUUCAAGAGGACUCGUGCUAGCAUUCGAGGUGGUCAGGUGACUGACGAAGGAUUGAUUCCUGAGAAUGAAAUUGAUGAAGAAGAGGAGAUCGAAGAGGGUAAGGAUAUUGAGAGCCGCCCAAUAACCCAGAUCAAAUUCCUGAUUCUAGAAACUUCCAAAGAGACGCCAUCCUCCCCACCUAGCAGUGAUAAAACAGCCUCAGCCGCUGUGGGCAUGGUGAUGAUGACGAUGUCGGAGGCUUUCGCGAAGGACAUUAUCACUAUGUAG